UGCAACUGCGUAUUGUUCGUCCUUGUGUAACGUGUCAGUGACGCGGUCUAGGCUACGUGCAGUGUUGAAAAUUCGGAACGAUCCCUUGUUAACUAUGCCGUCAUUUGGAGGGUUAGCAGACGUCAAGACCGUAGUCUGUUGGGGCUUAGCAGUAGUUUUCUUCACCGCACUGAUAAUCCUGCCAAGAAAUAUCGACCCCGUAUUGUUCAUCAGUAUAGCAACUCUGGCAGCAUUCUUCUCGGUGUCGGCCAUUGUCCUCGUUAUCCUGCAUCUGAAAGUAUUCGACCUCUGCAGAGACAAGAUUAAAAACGGCAAUUUCUCGCUUAUUUUCUCAAGAUCUGCUACAGCGAUCGAUGACCCCAAAGAAUUGGACGUUUAUCCAUUCGAGUCAGCCUGUGAACAUCAAAGACAUUCAUUUCCGCAUCAACAACAAAAUUUACAGGUCGUCCGUGAUGCAGAAUCACGCAGACCUUCGUCUCGUACGAGCGAAGGUGCAGCGUUGUUGGAAACAAACGUCCCGAAAAAAGGGACGAAACCUGCGACUUUCUCAGAAACCUGCGUAGUCAACAAAAAGCUACCAGGAUUGCGUGGCGCCGCGGAACAAGACGAAACAAACGUCCCGAAAAAAGGGACGAAACCUGCAACUUUCUCAGAAACCUGCGUAGUCAAUAAAAAGCUACCAGGAUUGCGUAGCGCCGCCGAACAAGACGAAACUGACGGAACCGACACACUUUUGGACAAUACGAGUAACAUUCCUCUUGGUUAUUACCGAGGUUGUUCAGCUCACGAAAUCAACAAACGUUCUAAGAUAACUGAGGAUUUGGUCGAAUAUUCCUCACAGGCCGAUGGAAAUACUCGGGAUGUCGUUGAAACUGCAUCUAGUUCGCGACAAGUUUCAACUGUGGGAGAUGCAGCAAGUGGGGAUUCGUGCUCCGGGCAGAAGAAAAGAGUAAAGAAAACUGUGCAAUUUGAGAAACGCGAAAGCAAAUAUGUGGCAAAUUUGCUAAAUACAUUCAUUCAUCCUAAGACACCCGUGGAGAGGAUUUACUACUGAAUCCAUGAUGACAAUUUUAUGAUGAUGAUGUUUAGCAGUCUGUUGUUAGCUUGGCGUAUCUAUCUUAUUGCCGACUUAUUAAUCUACUUAAGCCUUCUAACGAAGCUACUCCAAUCGUUUAUCAAGGCCGUGACUUAAAAUAUCGCAAAUGAUUAAGGCAUUGAUCAUUUACUCAUUUUACUGUAAUGUUGGCAUAAAUUUGGAGCGCCUGGAAAGUGUGUUAUUCACGUUGUAUUUGUUUCUGUCAUUUUACAAAGUUUUGAUAUUAUACGGUCCUUCCCUCUAUUUUAGAAUAAAAUACCAUCAUAUUCUUGAUUCUAACCUAACUUCAUACCAUUAACAGUAGUAAAUGGGCCUGUUUUUCAUGGUUUUAGGCAAUAAAACCAUUCUUUAAUUAUAGCGCCCACUUAAGUUGAAAGCAUCCGAAGAGAAAAUGAAUAGUUAUAAAAUAACUCUAGUGCGGUUGGAUUUAAAAUAUUAUACGCUCUAUUAGUUCUGUGAUUCCUUGUUAAAUGUAAUGAACACUUUCAAUGAAGUGAAUUGAAAGACGAAACUGCAUGAAUUUUGAGGUGGCGGUAUAAAAAAUAUACUAGGGCAUUAAUACAGGUUUAAAUUCUUGACUGUUAUAAUGGAAAUUGAAAGAGAUCAUUCACUAGCCUUUUGAUUAAUGAAAAUGAGCAUUGAAUUUAGAAUUUUAUUAUGGCUAUCGGUAACGAAAGACAUCGUAAAUGGUGGCAGCGUUCGUUAAUUGAGAUAAUUGAACUUGGGUGCUGGCGUCAAUUAAGUAGUGCUGGGCGUUAUUGCCAAAGUGGAUUGAGAACGAUCCUUCCCAUUCGGCAUUGUUGAUGAAAGUAUUGUGCUAAAUUUGAUGGACAUCAAUAUUUAAUUUUCAUUGUUAGAAGUUCGAACGAAAUUGCUGCUUUCUGUCGUUGAAAGUUAUUUCAAAAGUACUUGAAUGAUUUGGCGCCAGUCUCCAUUUUUGUAACACGUCCACUGUUUCUUCUGAUUUUUCGUCAGUUUCUGUGCAAUGUUUAGACCUUCCAUGUCCCACCGCAACAAUUAAACCUCAUUUUAAACACAUUAAGCUUCUUUAGUUCAACGCAGUUAUGUGAGAGGUCUUAUUUGUAACGACGAUCAUAAAUGGAAAUAUAUUUUUACUCAUAA